CGGCGGGCCACAGGAAUGAGGAAGGAGCGCUGGGAUUACCGGCCGCCCGCCCUUCAUAUAAAGCGACCCGCCGAGGCACAGCACACAUCGUGCCCAGACCUCGUGACAAUACAUACCCCAACGAGCUCUUCAGACCGAAACAACGGAAGCAAAAUGAAACUGUUCCAGAUCCUGUUCGUGCUGACUCUCUGCGUCGUACUGGAGUUGGCGUUGGCCUACCCCGCAGCUGAAGCCGAAGCCAAAGCUGAAGCGAGGCGGCGUUUCGGAGGUUUCGGAGGUUUCGGAGGAUUCGGAGGAUUCGGCGGCGGCCACGGAGGAUUCGGCCACGGUGGAUUCGGUCACGGUGGAUUCGGCCACGGUGGAUUCGGCGGUCAUGGAUUCGGUGGCCACGACCACGUUAUUCACCACGGGGAUCAUAUUCACGUCCUCCACCACCACUUUUAAGCGGCUCAUCGGAUGGCCUUGCCUGACUGUGGCCUCGACAAAGGAAGCGCAACCUUUGCCGAACGUUUAUAUUAAUGAUUAACAACGUAAUACAUUUUUUAUACAUA